AGCGAGCCUGGGGGCUAAGAAAGCUGCACAAGCGGCUGAAAAGCCCCGGGAUGCUGGAACGUAUCUUGUUAACUCCUGUCUAGGUAGAGCGGAAGCGGAAGUAGAAGCAGACGCAGAAGGAUACAAAACACCGUGAACACACCGUGACUUGAUCUGGUCAGAUCGAGCAGGACAGGCAAUAUCUCAAUCGUUGAUAAGCUCUGGUACUGUGAUUAGACGGCUCUAUUUAAUUAAUCCAGGCGUUCUUUGGUCGUGGAUACGAUAUUCCCUGGAACAUGAACUGUACGACGCACCAGGAAUGGCAAAAGAGGCGGCUCCCGUGUCGAAGGGUUUGUGGCGUGCAAGGUGAAGCGCCGUAGGUCACCCAAUAAUUGGUAGCCAGACUAAUAAGAGACCACUAAGAAUUAUAAUAUCGUGAUAAAUUAAUUAUCAUGCGGAUGAAAUAGCGAACUAGUUAUUUAUUCGAUCGGUCCGUAUAUAAAUUUGGAUACAAGGUUGGCUAAGUAUUAGUCAUUAAUGACUAAGCCGCUUAUUAACUUCGACUUUUAACUUUAAAUUUUUACAUCAACGUCAACUUCAAGAACGACGACGACGACGACGACGGUGACAAACUGCUGGCGUUGCCGCUCACAUUAACCUGGGGAUCUCGGCGACCGUUUUCCGCUAUAAAUGUUUGAGAUCUUUGGUUGGACUUCAGUUGGCUAGAUUAUUAAAUUCCCUACCGGCCACAUGUCCCUUAAGAUAAUCAGAGGGUGGUUUUCCACCAGCGUGUGUGUGUGAACAGAGACUUCAAUAUACUCCAAAUGGAGAAUGGAAGCAAAACUAUCCUUUGCUUCCUUCAUCAACUGCAUCCUGAACUUACUUCAUGGAGGUCCUCCAGUCUUUCUUUAGGCGUUCCAGAGUGACCCGUAGGUUACGUAGGUUACUGAUGUAGUUCUUCGCAUUGGUCUGGAGCUCCAGCAGGUGCUCUCAUUUUCAAUUCAGCCGUGCGGGUGUCGGGGCUUGUCUGUGUCGUUUGAUGGCUUAAUUGGCCUUGGUGACUCUAUCUUCAAAGCCCGGUUUGUUCUUCUGAGAGUCUUGGGCUGCCCGCAACUCUUUCAUCACCCGGUCUUCCUGGCCUUUUUGGUAGCAAUAGUUGCGCUUAAGUUCCCAGAAAAGCCUCCCCCGUCUCAGUAGAACCUCACGGCCGAGGCCCUUGUCGAAUUUAUUUAAUUCUCUUGACACAUCAUCAAUACCCUCAACCAAAGCUUUCAAUUAGCGAGAUAACAUCAGAGAGUGGCUUCUCGAUACCCAAGCCUGUGAGAGAUGGUUUAAGUCAGGCUGGACGUUGCAGGACAUUUUCCUGGUAGGAGAUACCAGGUCCAGAUGGCGGAGGGAGUCAGUAUUCUGACUCUAUCUAUAGUGGGGCUCAAGCAGCUGUUCGCGACGUAUCGUUCUUGAUUUUAGUUCUAAAUCAUCCUAGCAGCAGCAUACUUCAUACACGACGCCGACCCAACAAGGCCUGGGCCGGCCAAUUUGGGCAUUGCCGAAAUCUACUGAGACAGCGCUCUGAAUUUAUCCAAAAUCAAGACCUUAAUUGAGUUCGGGCAGGUAGGAUUCUUCAGGCCUAGUCCCCUUGAUAUACUGGCAGGAUAAUUGCAAAGAAGAUUACUGCUGGGCAUUGACCUGCGCACGGAGCUGAAAAAAACCGAGGUUGAUUGUCAGAUCUUUAUGUAGGAUACACUGGGGCCUUUCCUGACCGCUCUUGUCGAGAAAUAUCAGUGGCCGAUGUUAUUCCUACCCUUCCCCGAAAGUCAUAUUGUGGAAACCAGGGUGGGGGACUAGCUAAUCAGACCCUGAAGUGGAUUGAUGUGGCUAGACGUGCGCUGAUAUUAAUUCUCUUUGACGUCGAAUAUUUGUGGAUAAGCAGCACCCUGGAGAGGGCGUACAAGUUCUCAGCUUCAGCUAUCAUACGAGCUUGGAGGCAUCCGUAAAUGGCUCAAGGGUGAGGUCACUUGGUUCCGUCAUCAUCGCCAGGACGGGAUAACCUGUAAAAAGUGCCUCCUCGCAUAGUCAAUUUCCUCUCUCCUGGGAGUCAUGGCUGCUAACCCUUAUGGCACGUUGAUACCAUAGAUGGAGCUUGAGGAGAGCGAUGUCUCGUUCUGCUAUUUAUAAUGACCAACCUACAAAGUGUCCGUGGCCAAUGCUGCUUGGGAAAGAUGGAUGAUGUGCGGGGGUUAGGAAAGGAGGUGCUGGUACGGAGUAGUUGAGCCGCAUACCGCUCCUCAACCUGGUAUUCGUAUCCUAACUUGAACCGCUCUGUGACCAAUUGAUCACCCAGUCGUUAGCUGGGAAGGCAUGAAAGAGCCAUUUUCUGUGAGUUGUUCGUUACUUAGUCAUCCACUGGAACACAUUAACGAGUUAACUAUAGGUUACUUUUAUUGGACAAGGCAAUAAUGAGUUCAUAUCCAUCCAAUAGAAUCCAAAUUUAAGUUGUUACAUCAUUUUUAUUGGUUACUCUCUCUAUUAACAAGAUUAACUGGCGAGCGAGCUUUUUGCCGAUUUCUGGUGCUCGAAAAAUACUUUCAACACUCAACCGACCCACCAUCAUUCCGUCAAGAUGUCUCGUUCUAUUUACGACCUCUUGGCCAAGGGACAAAAAGUUCUAAUUAACGGCAGACAAGGCCAAUACCAGGUCAUAAAAGCAUUGAAGCGGAAUGUCUUUCAGGCUUCGACUGUAGAGUCAAAGACACCAGUGAUAAUCAAAACAGAGGGAUCUGAUCCCGUCAUAUACCAGACCGAGGCCAAUUGCUAUGGCUACCGCUGUGUCGCCGAAUCCCCCUACAUAAGAGCAUUACACGAGGUCGUUGACAAUGAUACGGAUCGAUGCAUGGUAUUUGAGUACCUGGACACCGAUUUGUGGUCGCUGAGAGCGAGGGCACAGGAACUUGGGCAACCUUUUUUAAAGGCUGCCGCAAGAUCUAUCUUAGAGGCCGUGAAGGCAUUCUCAGAUAUGGAUGGGCAUUUCACAGCCCUACAUACAGAUAUCAAUCCUAAUAAUGUCCUGGUUUCUAAGGCAGACUCACCAAAACCAAUAGUCAAACUUGCCGAUCUUGGAGCAAUUAUUCCUUCUGAAGGCUUUGAUGACUUCCGAUUACAAGGUGUUGAAAUACGUGCCCCAGAGAUUUGGAAGGGUAUGUUGCCUAGGCCACCUUGCCAGGUGUGGUCUGUCGGUGUGACUUUAACACACUUUUUUGCCAAUCGAGUCAUAUUUGGGAACUGGGAUCAGGAUUGUCGUGUCCAGGAAUUUCCUCUUGAAGUGAACAAAUCUGCUUGGGCCAUUGGCAAGAUCAUCAAGCUCACAGGGUCGGUGAAACGUGACGAAGACCCUAAAUACCAACUAGAAUUUGACCUAGCAGAACUCUUCGUAAACCAAGGGCUUAUUAAAGUUGGAACCCUUGAAGAAGAGCUCGCCAAAGUCAACGCGCCUAAAGGUUGUGUUGAUUUUAUCCACCACCUUCUAACUAUCGAUGAUAAGGCACGACCAACGGCAGAGCAAGCACUACAACACCCAUGGUUUCAGAGCCCAGAGUGAAUAUCUUGAGAUCAUGAGAGCUCUUAGCUACGGCGGAUGAUGCGGUGGCAGCUAGCCAUUGCCAAAUUUCGUGAGAGCUAGUAUUUUGGUACCUGGCUGGGCCCACCGGAUAAAUCCUAAUACUAGUUAGUAUAUAGAAUCACUUGAACGAAUUUUCUAGACACCCAUGUUCUCUCUACCUCCUGAAUCCAGAUGGUUGAGCAACUGGCGGGCUGGAUAGGUGCCUCUACCUAUCUAACUCAUAUUUUGAUAUAUACAUAUAACGAUUCAUUCGACUAAUCAUUGUUGAAUUGCAGGCAUCCAAGUACAAGAUUGCCAAAUACCACUGCUGAGACUUUCCACAAGGCGCCUUGCAACCACCCUGGCCUUUGACGGUGAUUUCAGUAGCAAUAUUAGGGGGGACCUUCUUCGUUCCAUCAAGGCAGUCAGACGAUGUGCCAUUAUGAAAGGUCUGAGAGGCCUGAGUUUUGUGAGUGCAGUGGUUUAAAUGAAGAGGAAAGGAACUGCGAUAUUGUAUGACUCUUAGCGAUCAAGAGGGAACGGGAAGCACAACCUGAGUGCUGGGGGGUGCAGCCUGGUUAAGUAUCGAAUCUACCCUUGUUCAAUCACCAACAUCUAGGCA